CCCCGUAAGCAGCAUCCGCUCCAAAUCGUACUCGUCCGGGCCACUCCGCCAACUGAAAUGACACAGGCCAUGGCCGGGCGGCACGCCGGCUGUGGUCUCUCGACCGCGGCGCUCGAUCGAAGACCGCCUCAGCCGAUGGAUCGAGGAGUCAGGCGUGCGAGGUCGGCGAGGCCAACGUCUUGAAAGCAGUGCACCUCGAACGGCCCAUCGUCCUCUCGCAUCAACCCUCUGCGGCCUGUCUGCAUCUGCCGCAACGACCGCAUCGCUUUGGAAGCGGCGAGACUUUCGGUGGUUGACGUCCGCUGAAUAUCGCCCCUGUCCCUGGUGUUGCUGCACAGCUCCCUGAGGGACUCGGCGCUGCCCUGCUGUGUAAUUUGCGACCUCGCCAAUCCGUAUUUCCACGACAAGCCUGUGAGGAACACUAGCGCAAGCAGAGCAACCACAAAACCAACUCCUAGAGGAAGGAUAACAAAGUCUUCGAAAAAAACAAUACAAGCACUGAUCAUCCACUGCCCCUGGUCAUAUGACGCCACAUUCGCGAAGAAUAAGCACGCGUAGUUGCCUGCAAGCAGACAAUAGGCGGGUCCAAGUACCCAAAGAAUCGCGUCGUUUCGACGCCAUUUUCGGAGCUGUAUGCGCCAGUCCGGGCUGCCCUCAUAAGCCACGCGAACGAAUUCCCGCUGAUGCAAAGAAUUCAGUAUGGAAAUCGGGACGCCAGCGAUCAGCGUGCUGACCAUUCCGAUGGCUAUUAAUCGCCCGAAAUGCAUGUAUGCACAAGUCGCACUGUCUACGCCGCUGUCAGGGUCCAGGCAAUCGGACUCACACCCCUUCGGUGACUUCUUGCUCAGGGCGCCACCAGUCGCGGAGCAAAAGACGGUCGCCAACAUCAUGGACCCCAAUAAGUCGCAGCACAGAUAGAGGGCCCGCAAUGAAUGAGACAUCGUGAUGCUGCGGCAGAACACGGACCCCAACGGGCCGUGGACAAGCAGCGACAGAACCAGAGAUCUGGCGAGGUGGCACCAAUUCGCGUGGCGGUUGAAGUUGUACCUCUGGUGCUCGAGCACGUGGUCCCUCAGCUCCUUCAACCGCCUGAGACGUCGAGCGGCGCCCCGGGAAAAGAGCCCUGCGCCCGCAAGCGUGACUGCACUCUGCGAGGCGUUCGCCUCGCCGUCCACGUCUAAGACAUGGUCGAAGCUGCCGCAGUCAAGGCUGCUUCGGCGAAAUGCGUCUGCGACUGCGUCGUCCACAUCGCCCGUGAUCCCUUGCUUCGGCGAAAUCAGCUGGUCCACGUCCUCGUUGAGCAAGACUCCCAAGUCGUCGGCAAGCAGAAAGUACGAGGCCGAAGUGCUCCGUAGGACACUCUUGGAAAUGAUUAUGGGGGCAAGGGCGUGAAGGAAGCCGCCUUCAAACUGGCACACCAUCAGCUCCUCCAAAACACUCUGGAUAUGCCCGAGGUAUGCGAAGAACGUGCCGAGGAGGUCGUCGACCGCUUCUUUCAGACCCCCGACGACGCCUUCUGUGCAACAUGCUAGGUUGCCCUGGCCGACGCCGACACCUGCUGCCAACGCGGCCAUGCCCGUCGCUGGCGCCGCGGCGUUGGCGAUCAGGAAAUACUCUGUCUUCCAGAAACCCCGUCGGCGCUCGAUCUCGUCGAGGACACAGGCGGCCGCAACCAUGACGACUAAGCCUCCCAGGACGAGGAACAACAGCUGGGUGCCCACGCUGUGGUACCAGGUGCCAUUCAUGAGCUCAAUGUAACUGUCAGCCGCGAGCAGCGAGGCCUGGGUGCACUGGAGCGUGGACAGGAACCCCGAGAGGAUCGCCCCAAAGAAGGUGAGGUGCAACGUGGCGCACCAGACGCUGCCGUCUGCCGCGAAGCCGUCCGCGUAGACGCCCUCGGUGGUCCACUCGCCCGCGCCCUCGUCCAGCCACGCGCACGUCAGCCCGCUCGAGCUGGAGCUGGGCAGGGAGAAGCGGAUCGGCUCGGCGAGAUCCGAGACGGAGAUGCGGCUGCCAGCCAGCUCGAAGAAGUUGAUGCUGAUCGCCGACAGCAGCUCCUGGGUAACGCCCUCGCCGGUGGUCCGCGGGCCCUCGGCGAAGGUGGCGAGGGCGCCGGGCUCGACGGUGGACGCCAACACGACCGCGUCGCGGAGGCCAAAGUCCGCGAACAAGGACAACGGAAAAACGACGCUCGCGCCGAUGUCCGCCAUAUCGACCCUGACCGACUCGUCCGACGCAUCCGUCGAAAUAUUCACCACACGCGCGACGCUGACGAUCCCCUCCGCUGUCACCACUGCGUUGAGGCUGUUGCUCGCAAGCAGGGCAGCAAGGACGGAAUCUUCCAAGCGUCCGAUCGCCGCCAUCGUCACCGGAGCGGCCGUGGGCGCUGGAGUCGGAGCGUCUGUCGAGUGAUACACAGAGACAAUAGAACCAACUGGGUAUGAGUUCGUAGUUCCGUCGGCCAGAACGAUCGGCCCGAUGCCCGAGAUUGUCCCCAAUUCGCUGACGCCACCACCAGCGAUCAAAAUCACAUCUCCGACUCUGAAGCCUAGCACGGACACCACCGCUAACUGCGUGGCGCCUGCAGCAGCGGGCAACGCCAACGUGGUCGACACAACCCCUCUCUCCGUGAUGGUUGUUGCAGUCGUGGAGGAAACAGUUGCCGUCUCUGUUGUGGCAGUCACCGUUCCUGUGGUGCCAGUUCCUGUUGAGGAUGAGCUCGUCGCCGUUGCCGUGCCCGUAUCCGUGAUGGCUGUCGCCGUCUCCAUGGAGGUGCUGAAUGUACUCGAAGACGAGCUCGUGGACGUCCCGGUGAUGGCCGUCGUCGUCUCCGUGGUGGCGCUCACUGUCGUGGAGGAGCUGGUGGCUGUCGCCGUUGACGUGGUGGAACUGGUUCCUGUCGCCAAAGUAACAGUUGAAGUCUCUGUGGUGGAGGUGCUCGUGGCAGUCUCUGUAGUGGCAGUCUCCGUGGUCGCCGUGGUGGCCGGUGGCGUCUCCGUAAUAGAACUUGUUGCCGUGGUCGAACUAGUGGCUGUCGCCAUCUUCGUGGAGGUGCUGGCUGUACUAAAAGACGAACUCGUGAUGGUCUCGGUGGUGGCCGUUGUCGUCUUCGAGGUGGCGCUCGCUGUCGUGGAGGAGCUGGUGGCUGUCGCCGUUCUCGUGGUGGAGCUGGUGUCUGUCGCCAAAGUAACAAUUGAAGUCUCUGUGGUGGAGGUGCUCGUGGCAGUCUCUGUAGUGGCAGUCUCCGUGGUCGCCGUGGUGGCCGUUGGCGUCUCCGUGAUGGAACUUGCUGCCGUGGUCGAGCUCGUGGCUGUCGCCGUCUCCGUGGAGGUGCUGGCUGUACUUAAAGACGAGGUCAUAAUGGUCUCGCUGGUGGCCGUCGUCGUCUCCAUGGUGGCGCUCGCGGCUGUCGCCGUUCUCGUUGUAGCGGGAGAACUGAUGUCCGACGCCGAAGUAACAGUUGCAGUCUCUGUGGAAGCGCUCGUGGCAGUCUCUGUAGGGGCAAUCUCCGUGGUCACCGUGGUGGCCGUUGGCGUCUCCGUGAUAAAACUUGUUGCCGUGGUCGAGCUCGCGGCUGUCGCCGUCUCCGUGGAGGUGCUGGCUGUACUAAAAGACGAGGUCAUAAUGGUCUCGCUGGUGGCCGUCGUCGUCUCCAUGGUGGCGCUCGCGGCUGUCGCCGUUCUCGUGGCAGCGGGAGAACUGAUGUCCGACGCCGAAGUAACAGUUGCAGUCUCUGUGGAAGCGCUCGUGGCAGUCUCUGUAGUGGCAAUCUCCGUGGUCACCGUGGUGGCCGUUGGCGUCUCCGUGAUAAAACUUGUUGCCGUGGUCGAGCUCGUGGCUGUCGCCGUCUCCGUGGAGGUGCUGGCUGUACUAGAAGACGAGGUCAUGAUGGUCUCGCUGGUGGCCGUCGUAGUCUCCGUGGUGGCGCUCGUUGUCGUGGAGGAGCUCGUGGCUGUCGCCGUUCUCGUGGUGGAGGAAGAACUGGUGCCCGACGUCGAAAUAACAAUUGCAAUCUCUGUGGAGGUGCUCGCGGCAGUCUCUGUAGUGGCAGCCGUGGUCGCCGUGGUGGCCGUUGGCGUCUCCGUGAUGGAACUUGUUGCCGUGGUCGAACUAGUGGCUGUCGCCAUCUUCGUGGUGGUGCUGGCUGUACUAAAAGACGAGGUCAUGAUGGUCUCGCUGGUGGCCGUCGUAGUCUCCGUGGUGGCGCUCGCUGUCGUGGAGGAGCUCGUGGCUGUCGCCGUUCUCGUGGUGGAGGAAGAACUGGUGCCCGACGUCGAAAUAACAAUUGCAAUCUCUGUGGAGGUGCUCGCGGCAGUCUCUGUAGUGACAGUCUCCGUGGUCGCCGUGGUGGCCGUUGGCGUCUCCGUGAUGGAACUUGUUGCCGUGGUCGAACUAGUGGCUGUCGCCGUCGUGCUGGUGCUGGCUGUACUAAAAGACGAGCUCGUGAUGGUCUCGAUGGUGGCCGACGUCGUCUCCGUGGUGGCGCUCGCUGUCGUGAAGAAGCUCGUGGCUGUCGCCGUUCUCGUGGUGGAGGAAGAACUCGUGUCCGACGUCGAAGUAGCAGUUGAAACCGUAGUCGAAGCCUCACACAUGUACUCCCACACGUCGUAACCAUUAGGACAAUUGUUGCUAUUGAAAUUUGGAUUCAGAUCUGGCAGAGCACUGUCAGCUUCACACAUCUGCCCACCCGUCAUUCCGAUGAAGCAUUCGGGCAAGUCGCAACCAGAAACAUCUUCAUCAGAGCAUGGGCACGACGAUACAGGUGAGAACCAACAAGCCGUGUGCGGCGUCGUCGCAGUCGAAGCCUCACACAUGUAUUCCCACACGUCGUAACCAUUAGG